ACAGACAUGCCAUUCUGAGCGUAAAACAAGCUUACUAUGAAGUCGCAUGUCGCUUAGUCACGGCGCCUGGACUAGAGCGCUAGGCAUUGAGCAACGCGGUGAUCUCCCGAGUCGGAUACUUCAAUGAUAAUCGAUCACGUGGUCAAAACGCGUUCGCGUUUCAGUGUUCACGCCAAGGUGAUAUUCACGUAAUGAAUUUUAAUUGCGUUUACGGCUACGCGCUCCAGACCAUGGAAUAGACGGGCAACAUGGCCCAUCGGUUAUUCGAUCUGAAAAAAAUUUGACAAAGACGGCGGAGCGGCCGGGUCACAGAGCGUCCUCAAAUUGUAUAAAAGGUGGACUGCAACGCGCUUGAUUUUUCAGAAUCCAUAUCUUCUUUAACCAGCUCUCACUUCACGCUUCCACACACUCUUUACACAAAGUUUCCUAGCCUUCCGACAGUCAACACAAUGUUCGCUCGUUUCUUCACUGUUGCUUUCCUUGCUGCCCUCGCUGUCGCCACUCCCCUCACUCUCCGUGAUGGCCAGUGCAACACCGGUGACAUCCAGUGCUGCCAGAGUUCUAGCACCACUUCCAACUACAACAAGUUUGCCAAGUCUCUUGGCCUUGCGGAAGUAGGUGCUGAGGUCGUCGGCACCCUUGGCCUUAGCUGCAGUCCUAUUAGUGUCAUUGGCACUGGUAGUGGCGCUACAUGCAACCAGCAACCCAUGUGCUGCAGCAACAACAAAAUGAACGGCCUUGUCAACAUUGGCUGCACGCCCAUCAACCUCAAACUUUAGGUUUUCACUGGACAUUGACCUUACCUGCGUUAUUACAUGGUACAUAAGUCUUUUUAUAAGCUCUAUAGCUAGUAAUACCCGCGUUAUCUGGUUUGAAUCCAAUUUGAAAUUGACUCUG